AUGAAUUUUUUUGAAUAGAGUUUUGGAAAAGAGGAUCCCUUUUAAAAGACAGCCUAAUUCUUUAAUCCUGAAGUCACAAAAACUAAGUAAUAAAUGCUCAGAAGGAGAAGAGAGAAUUCUUUACCUUAAUAAAAUCUGGCAGCAAUCAAAAAUAUGUUGUUGAAAACUAAAUUAUUACAAAAAAAUCCUGUUUCAAGAAAAUCUACGAUGCAUUCAAUCAAGGAUUCUAAUAAAGAAAAUUUAGGUAAUUAACAAAGCACCAAAUAAAGUACAAAGCAAAGUACAUAAUAAAGUGCUCAAGAUGUCUCGGAUGUUUGUUAUAAUAUUUUCAAUUAUCUUGAUUAGAAUAUCAAGCAAUCUCCAAAUUCUUUUAUUCAAUAACAGUAUGAAUCCUGCAAACCUGUCAAAAAAUCCAAUAUUUUUUAAUACAAUAGUUAAGAUACAAGUCAAAUAGAAAACAAUUCUAAAAACUAUAAAAUGUCAAGUCAAGAGAAAAAGAGAACCAUUAAGGUAACAGAUCCCUAUGGCAUAUUUACUAAAUAAUUAAUUUCAGUUCCUAGAAAGUAUUCAUCAAAAUCCUUUGUUAAUCAAAAAGCUUAAAUCAAAUUAGUUGAUAGAAUAUUUUCAUCCAGAUCAGAUAGUUUGUAGGAAUGA